GAUGUGUGCACAUUUCUAGUGUAUGCCCCGUCGCAUGCGCCGAACAUGAUGUAAAGAGGGAGUGAUGAAUAUCGCUGUGGUUGAAUAUGCAUGUGGCCAUGCCUCUCCAUGUGAGCGCCAGAGUAAUCAAGCGCUUUCUUCUACAGAAAAUUCUUCACGGAAUUCACGAAGUAGACCAUCGUGCAGCGAUGAAACUGUGAAUGAGAACCGAACAAUUAUUUUAGUUAAGUCCGCCGAUAACAUUCUUUUGUGGGACGUUGAUGAUUGCGUCUACUUACGCACCCAGCUUCGUCUCCUUGGUGAUGCGGUGGGCUCGUUGCCCACACAGAUCCAUCAGAAUGUGAUACUGGGCGUGCCUAUGCUGAUAUCCCCCGAAUGUGCCUUCAUGCUAGUCAAUCAAGGCAAGGCAAAACUGGUGGACGGCUCGGAUGUAUUGGGCUACACUGAAGCGCAUGCGGACCGUUUCCUGAACUGCAGAUCCGAGGACUUCAAAUCCUUUGACGCAAAGCAUGAGGAUAUCGAAAAGCACGGAGGUCAUUUCGGCAAGGAAGUGAAGAACGAAGUCAAAAUGAGCAAGUAUCCCGAUGCAAAAUUCGAAACGAACACUUUAAGUGUGGCUGUGACUCACGAUCCUAAGCGAACCGCCGAACUGCCGCCCAUGGUCAAUUGGGAUUUCCCUCGCACAGCAGUGGACUGGGCUCGUCUGCGAAUAUUCAGAGAUUUGUAUGAGCGUGGCUUCUACAUGACAUCGGGGUGUAAAUUUGGCGGCGACUAUCUCUGCUAUCGAGGAGAUCCGGCAGUAUGCCAUUCCACAUUUAUUGUGAGAAUUGUUGCAUGGGACUACGAACUGACGGCUCUGGAAUUAGUUGGGCUCGGAAGGUUAGGAGUAGCGGUCAAGAAGACAUCGCUGCUUGCCGCAGUGAAUGAAAGUACCGAUGAAAUCCGAUAUAUCUCGCUGUCACGGUCACCGUUUGAUACACCCCGUAAUGAUCCCACAUAAGGAGGUCAGAUGUAGGAGAGGCUAUGGAGGAUGCCUGCUAAAGUAGAAUUAAAAUCAAUUUAAAUGG